AUGGCUAAGCCUCUGCUGAAGAUACAGCGCUAUUUCCGGAGGAAACCUGUCCGCUUUUUUUCCCUCAUCCUCCUCUACCUAACUGCUGGGAGCCUCGUCUUCCUGCACUCAGGCUUUGUUGGGGACAGUGGCCCUGGAGGUCGAGGGGGCCGGGACUCGGCAGUAGCUCUAGAGAUGGGCAGCCGGGCCGCAUCGUCAGACAAUCGGGGGCUUGGCAUCAUGCGCAGAGUGUUUAAGGAGACUCAUAGGUCUGGCCGGAGGUAUGGCCCCCCGUGGAUGAAAAGGACUGGCCACGACCCUGAGAGAAAGGCUGAAGACUACACCAGAAACUGGAACCGUGCACUUAAAGGACGCAAUGCCAAAGACAUGGAAGAUGGAAGAGCAAAGUAUAUUGGCUGCUACAUUGAUGACACACAGAAAAGAGCACUGAGAGGAGUUUCCUUUUUUGACUACAAAAAAAUGACUGUAUUCCGUUGCCAGGACAACUGUGCAGAAAGAGGUUACAUGUACGCAGGUCUGGAGUUUGGAGCAGAGUGCUACUGUGGCCACAAGAUCCAGGCGCCCAACUGUUCAGAGAGCGAGUGCAACAUGGAGUGUAAAGGAGAGAAGAGCAACCUGUGUGGAGGAGCCAACCGAUUGUCCAUCUAUAGGCUGGAGCUGAGCCAGGAGUCAGCACGCCGCUAUGGCAGCGCCAUUUUCAAGGGGUGUUUCCACCGGCCAGACAAUGUGACUUUGGCACUUCCUUUCAGUGCAGUCAUCCAAAACAUGUCGGUGGACAAGUGUGUUGACAUAUGCACAGAGAGGGAGAAAUCGCUCGCUGUCCUGGCUGGAGAUCGAUGUCACUGCGGCUUCCCGACUCCUCUCUUCUCCCUUCACGAGCAGGAGGAUGAGAAAAUGUGUCUCCACCACUGCCACGGGGAAGAGUUUGAGAGCUGCGGGAACAACGAGUACUUUGUGGUUUACCAGACACAAGUUUCAGAUAACCGCUGCAUGGACAGACAUUUCCUCCCCACUCACGCCAAGCAGCUGGUGGCCCUUGCCAGUUUCCCCGGAGCUGGCAACACCUGGGCUCGUCACCUCAUAGAGCUCGCCACUGGCUUCUACACUGGCAGCUAUUACUUUGAUGGCUCCCUUUACAAUAAAGGAUUUAAAGGGGAGAGAGACCACUGGCGGAGUGGAAGGACUAUCUGCAUUAAGACACAUGAGAGUGGCAAGAAAGAGAUUGAAGCCUUCGACUCCGGCAUUGUCAUGAUCCGAAACCCCUACAAAGCUCUCAUGGCAGAGUUUAACCGCAAAUAUGGAGGACACAUUGGAUUUGCCUCCCAGGCUCACUGGAAGGGGAAAGAGUGGCCCGAGUUUGUGAAGAACUAUGCUCCUUGGUGGGCGUCCCACACAUUGGACUGGCUCCGUUACGGGAAGAACGUCCACGUGGUCCACUUUGAAGAACUGAAAAGGGACCUGUUCUCUCGGCUCAAGGGGAUGGUCCAGUUUUUGGGUCUGAAGGUUUCUGAGGACCGACUGCUCUGUGUUGAGGGCCAGAAAGAUGGCAACUUUAAGCGGUCUGGGCUACGCAAACUUGAAUAUGAUCCAUACACUCCCGAAAUGCGGGCUAGCAUUAAUGAACUGAUCAGAACAGUAGACACUGCCUUGAAGAAAAGAAAGAUGUCUGGAGUUCCAGGCGAAUACAUGCCAAGAUGAUACACAGUCCCCUCGUUUCCCUUUUAAUUGGACUGUUCUGUCAACAGACUCUGCACCAUAUUUUGUAGGAUUGCAUCACUUAAAUUGUAUCUCCAUUUUUUUCAACAUAGAUUGAAGCUAUAGUGGGAAGAAAGUCUUAAGCAGUCUCUCUACCCUCCUAUAUUCAUUUAUUAAUCACAUUUUUUUCAUUUUUUUUGUUCACCUUAGAUAGUAAUUGUUCCAUGCAUUAAUAGAAAAGGCUUUUUUCUUUAGUUGAAAGAAAAAUAUUUCUUAUCUUGCUCUAUGCACAUGUGCGGUGCGGGCAUGUGCACAUGCCUUAACAUGAAGAAGGUACAAUAGCUGUGACCACAGAGAGGCUCAUCUGACUGUGCUGAGUGCUUGGUUGCCAGUGGAAAAACAUUUCAUCCAAAAUAUAUGAGAGCGUACUGUUAAGUGUGUUAUCAGAGCUUAUUUUGUGCAAAAGUGAAAGAAAAUCAAAAACUAAACAUUUUCUGCUGCUAUCAUGGUUACAGAACAAUACAAUUUUAUACAAGAAGUUCUCUGAAAACUUCAAAAUGUUGAGCCCUUUGUUGGAGGGGAAAAUGCAAUAUGCAGGCGAUAACUACCUGAAGAUGAUACUGUGUGUUUCCAAGUUUUUGGAAGUUGUUCAACUUACUGUAUGUAAGAGAAAUUAUGUUUUUGAUGAUAAAGAGGUAAGGAACUCUAUUCUCAGCUCUUCAUAUUCAAGAAGAUGAAUAAUUCCUCUUGAAGGCACUGACUGAAGGAGAGAAGAGGAUGUAUCUCUGCAGCAUUUAUUUAUCUCUGGCGUGCAAUGCACAUGUUGACUGAUUUGGUUGUGAAUAUGUUUUCUUAACACUGGACCUGAUGCAGAAAUCCAAAAAGCACUUUGCUGUGCAACACUUGCCCCAAAGAUCAUCAAGGAAUUAGGCAUUACACUCUGACUUGUGUUUUAGAUUGGAGGUUAUCUUUAGUAGUAGUAAUUGUUUCAAUUUA